AUGAACCCCUCUGUUGUGGCUGCCCACAAGAGGAUUGGACUUCUCCAAAAGUUCAACAAAUGGCAAGGGAAAGCCAUUGAGAAGAUGCAAAAGUCCAUGGACAAGAUGGUGAGCAAGAUCAAAAGUUUGGAGAAGAAGGUUUCUGGUUCUUCAAGCAAGAAGAAGUCCAAGGCCCCACUUUCCCUAGGAGUAGAUCACUCCUCACCACCCAAGGAGGCUCCCUGCCCAAGAGCCUCACAGAGCCUCUUCUUUCGAGCCAAGGGAAGGAGAAGACAACACGCAGAGAAGGAGGAAGAGUUCCAAGGCCAGACGCUCCAACUCGAUCGAGUCCAAACAGAGGAAACUCAACUCGAUCGAGCUGAGGGUCGAGUUGACCUGGAGGAGCCCCUGUUUGAGAACCCGGGUUCGAGUACGAUCCAGCACCUACCAGGAGCCUCAGUAGAUGGAACCCCUAUGGACAGUUCGAGCUAG